AUGAAGACAAAAACAGCUUUCAAUUAUUUUCCAUUACUGGUUUUCGUGUUGAUCGCCGGUUCUCAAGGUUAGUUAAGUUGAUCGAACAUUUUAUCCGGUUUAUUCGAAUUUCUUUAGCACAAGCUCCAGGAUGCCCAAAUGGACAAGAGCCAAAAUUGGACAAAAAUUUGAGACCUCUUCAAUGUCUACCAGGUGAGGAAUGGAGGCAGGUGAAAUAAUCUUUGAUGUUUGUUUGAAAUUAAAUUUUAUUAAUUAUCAAACAAAAAAAUAAAGCUCUAGAUUUCAAUUUGUUGUAAAUUAAAAAAUUAAAUGAUCAAUAAUAAUUUUAAAGGAACAUCCCAACAUGCAAUCUGUGGUCCAAACCAUAAUUGUUACUUCACUGGUCUCAAUUAUAUGUGCUGCCCAUCAAAUGAACCAACCGUAGAUAAUCAACCAAGUUGUCCAUAUCCAAAAUUAACAGUAUUGGAUCCACACGGACUUCCAAUGAAAUGUUCACCAAUUGCUAGACAAUGUCCAGAAGAACAAAUGCAUUGUUCCGAUGUUGGACUCGGUUAUAUUUGUUGUGAAAAUCCAUCAUUUCAAAGAAAACAUGACGAAGAGGAAAAUGCGAGAAGCACAGUUCCAGUUAGUAAAUAUAGAGUGAGAACAACAACUCCACUUCCAGAAGAGGAAUUGGAAUGUCCAGCUAAGUCAAUUGGACUUCUUCAUUCGAAUGGGAGUCGAGUGAUUUGUAAUUCAAGAAAUCCUUGUCCUGGAGAUGAUACUUUUUGUUUUGGAGAAUAUAAGCGAUCAAUCUGUUGUCAAAGAUAUUUAUUCGCUGGAGAUGUUUUGAAUGAUCCAACACCAAAACCAACACCAAAAAAUGCAUUAAGACCAAAAAGUAUCACAUUGACAAAACAUCGAAUUCACGAUGGUCAAUUCCAUAAACCAACUACAACUACACGAGCUCCAUUUGUUGAUGCAGAGUUCCCUCAAAUUGCUAUCAAUAGUAUUGGAGUAAGAAGGUUGGUGUUUUCUUUAUAGGUGGUCUGAGAAAAUGAGAGGGGAGAAGGUUAUUAAAAGUCGCAAUAAUAGUUUUAUGUUUGGAAACUCUUUGAUGUUGCCGACUUUUUAGGAGUAGAUAACAAUUUUUGCGAAAUGACACGUGACAUUAUAGUUCAAGAAAACAAAUUUACAGAGCUGGCUCGGUUGCUUCUACUGGUACUGUCAUCAAGCCUACUGAACUUGGAGCAUCUGAAAGAACAUGGAUUCCAAGAUCAUCUUUCCAAUCACCACCAGUUCCAAGAAGAACAACCCAUAAACCAGUUACAACUACCACUUCAACCACUACUUCCACCACAACAACAACGACCACACCAAAACCAAAACCAGCUGGCUUGUCGAGACGUCAUCACUUGAAUGGGAUUCAAACUGCAACAUCAGCCGAUUUCAAACCAUCAAGUUUGAAUUUGGAAAAACAAGCUAGUAAUCAAGAGGUAGUUUUUUUCUAUCGCAUUAUAAAUUCGAUUAUCUUUUUUCCAGGACCGACAUGCUUUGGCACAAAAGCUUUUGCAAUAUCAAAUUCGAAAUGGUUGGCCAUAUGAUGAGCGAUUUUAUAGACCUGAUGUUGAAAUUUAUACCGAAGAACAAAAAUCGGAAAUUGCACGAAUGAGAUUUUUACCUAGGCAACAAUAA